AUGGCGUGCUACGAGUUCAGCUUCGUGCUGCACGCUGGCUUCAUCGCAUCGGCCUUCGCGGACCUGUAUGAAGAGGAUUACGGCCCCAGCAAUGGCGACAUCACGGGUGUGCUGGCUCUCAAGGCAGACGGCAGCAUUCCACCGAGCCAGCAGGGUGCCCACAUUUACAAUUUCAGAGUUGGUGCUGGACCUGAGCAGGCCGCGCUGCGCAGGCUGCUAGCCGAGGCGCAUGGUCUGGUGACACUGGCUGGCCGUGGAGUGGCUCCGCCAGGGGCUGAAGCUGAGGUCUGGCAGCUCGCGGAAUCGGGCGCCGUCGUCUCGGUCGAUGACGCGGGCCCAGAACGGCUGGAGAUGUUUGCCGAGAAGCGCGGCCUCGCUUGCGCUGGGCGGCACGUGCUCUUGAUAGUGAAGGUGGCGAGGAAUCAGGUCGAGCAGUGGACGACGGAUGUGGAUCAGCUCGACCUGUCAGACUUGGUGGUGAUUAGGGAGAUCGCACGCCAGCUCCUGAUUAUAGAGUACCAGUACGCAGAGAAGGUUCGAGGAGGAGAGCACGGCAGAUCUGCUGGCGCCUCUUCCUCCGUCGCUGGGUUGGCCAGCAUCACGAAUGACGAGAGGGACCUGAUCGGGCGGCAGCCCGUCAAUCCCACGGUGUGCUGGGCCCUGAUGCUCAUCGGACACGUGGGUGAGGAGUUACAGAAGAAGUCGCAGUCCCAGAAGCAU